AUGGCCCGUCAGUACAAAGCGACUCAAUUUGGAUGCGAAGAUUCCACUCACGGCACCUUUAAUGGUGGUUGGCCUGGCAACACCAAUGCAGAGUUGAAGAGGUUGGGUGUUGUAUUGAAGGUCAAGAACAAUACCAAAGGAGUCACAACACAGGACUUUUGUGGUUUUCCCUCAGAUAUGGACAAGGACCGACUGAAGCAGAUCCUAUGCACCUUUGGGGAGGGUUGGGUAGAGCUUACAGGACCACUGGCUCCUCAAUCAGGCAAGGUUGGGGGUGUCUUGGAAGAUGAGGACGGUUGCACACCUCAAAGCAACAAUGCUAGCAGAUCUCGGACCGCUAGAGGAUCUCGGACCGCUGGAGGAUUUCGGACCGCUAGAAGAGCUCAGACCAAUUCAAACAGGACUCAUAUGAAGAAAGCCAAAAAUUCAUCAGCACAACAACACUACUCCAAAAAUCCAACCAGAAGAAAGCAAAUAAUAAUCAAUGACACUGAUGACAAGGACAAGGAAAUCCCAGUGCAAACAUCCCAGAAAGCAAAGAAGAAGCAACGGGUUCUGCCUCCUGAGGAUAAUCAAGAAGAUUCGUCCAUGGGUGGAUCACCUCAUGAAGACUUGCACUCUGAUGGAGACAAUUCUUCAAACAGCAGUCAAUUACCAGACUUCUGA